UCUGCCUGCCUGUGAGUGCUGUGUGAGCUUGCGGGCUUUCCUGCUUAGUUGUUAUAUAAGGAUACAUUGUGUGCUUUUCUGGCUGGUGAGAAGAGGCGAGAAAAAAGGAAAUCGCACACAAUGGGGGCUUCUUUGCCAGUGUCGGGGCAGCAGAGCCCUGGCUGGCAGACUCCGUGUUAGCCAUGCUGAAGCAAACGGACCCCACUGCCAGCACCCUGCACCUGGUGGCUGCCGACAUGACCGAGAUCAUGGAGAAGCUGGACACGCGCGAGCUGGACAUCGGAGACGGGGAGGAUGUGUUCGACGGCCACGAUGCCAGUGGUCCAGAAUCCCGCAUCCCCUUCUCUGCUGUGUACAAGACAAUGGGCUUCAAAGAACCGGGAGCUCAAGUUUUUCUCACCACGCUUCCGAUCACUGCCAAAAUUCUGGAGGUGGAGCGUUUCGCCUCUGCUCAGGACCGCUUCAACACUACCCAGCAGAGGAGCGUCUCCAAGAAACUGCCAGCCGUCUUCAGGAUUGAGCUGAGACAUGGGACUUUCAGCUGGAUAGUGAAGAGGAAGGAAAAGCACUUCAUGGAGUUGCAUCGGGAGCUCCGCACCUAUAAGACCUUCCUGAGGAUUCCUCUGCCCUCCCGCACCCAUACAGAGCGGAGGCAGACGGUCAGACAAACGCGUCAGAUGCCCUCUCUGCCUCGCGGCGGCGGUGAUGACCUGGCCAGGGAGGAGCAAGUGUCCAGCCGGAGGAGGCAACUUGAAGAUUACUUAAAUAAGCUACUGAAAAUGCCAUUGUAUCGGAACUACCACGCCACAAUGGAAUUCAUUGAUGUGAGCCAGCUGUCCUUCAUUGAGGAUUUGGGACCAAAAGGCUUGGAGGGCAUGGUUCACAAAAGGUCAGGAGGUCACCGUAUUCCUGGACUCAACUGCUGUGGCCACAGCAAAAUAUGCUACCGCUGGUCAAAGCGGUGGCUGGUAGUAAAGGACUCCUUCCUCCUCUACAUGAAGCCUGAUUCAGGGGCCAUCUCAUUCGUCCUUCUGGUGGACAGAGAGUUCUCCGUCAAAAUGGACUCCAAGGACACGGAGACCCAGCAUGGUGUGCGCAUUGACAGCCUGUGCAGGAACCUGGUUCUGAAGUUCUCCAGUUUCCGCCAUGCCCGCUGGUGGGGUCAGGCCAUCGACGAGUUUGUGCACAAGUAUGGCAGUGCCUUCCUCCGGGACCACCGUUUCAGUUCCUUUGCUGAAGUGCAGGAGAACAUCGCAGCCAAAUGGUACGUGAAUGGUAAAGUGUACAUGGAAGAUGUGGCUAAUGCACUGGAGAAGGCUGAGGAGGAGAUCUUCAUCACUGAUUGGUGGCUGAGUCCUGAGAUUUUCCUCAAGAGGCCUGUCGUUGAAGGGAACCGCUGGCGUCUCGACAGCAUACUGACGCGCAAAGCGCAAAAAGGAGUGCGGAUAUUUGUGAUGCUGUAUAAGGAAGUGGAGCUGGCACUCGGAAUCAACAGUGAAUAUAGCAAACGGACUCUACUACAGCUCCACCCAAACAUCAAGGUGAUGAGACACCCCGACCACGUGUCAUCCACUGUUUACCUAUGGGCUCAUCACGAGAAGAUCGUGGUCAUCGACCAAUCGGUGGCCUUUGUAGGAGGCAUCGACCUGGCAUAUGGGCGUUGGGAUGACCAUGAACAUCGGCUGACUGACGUGGGGAGCGUGACCAGAACUCUCAACGCUUCUGCAGAGAACAUGACAGAGAUGUCACCUAUCAUGGCGUCUCCCCCAAAUGGGUCUGGUCCAGCCCAGAGCAAUGGGAAGAGCACGGGCAUGGACAUGACGGAGCAGCCCAGACUGAGGGGCCAUGGGAAGACCAAGAGGAGUCGCUUCAGUAUCCGAAAACGCCUGCAGAAACACGGGCUGGCCCCAGCCGACAGCGUGAGCAGUGUAGACAGCUCGGAGGAAAAGGCAGACACUGCACCGGAGCUGCAGGCUGAUGUCAUUGGUCUGAUGGGGAACACGCGCUUUUGGCAUGGCAAGGAUUACUGCAACUUUGUCCACAAGGACUGGAUCCAACUGGACAAGCCCUUCGAUGAUUUCAUUGACCGGCAUACGACUCCCAGAAUGCCUUGGCACGACAUUUCCUCUGUGGUUCAUGGGAAGGCUGCCAGAGAUGUCGCGAGGCACUUCAUUCAGCGCUGGAAUUUUACAAAGAUAAUGAAGCCGAAGUACAGGUCGCUCUCCUACCCGUACCUCCUUCCCAAGUCCCACAGCACCGCCAACGAGAUCAAGCAUCAGGUCCCAGGCAGCGUCUCCACUAGAGUGCAGGUGUUGCGGUCAGCAUCGGACUGGUCGGCUGGCAUAAAGCACCACGAGGAAUCCAUCCACAAUGCAUAUGUCCGUGUGAUCGAAAACAGCAAACACUACAUCUACAUAGAGAACCAGUUUUUCAUAAGCUGUGCUGACAACAAGCUCGUGUGGAACAGGAUCGGCGACACUAUCACAUGGCGGAUCAUCAAAGCGCACCGGGAGGGCCAAAAGUAUCGCGUGUAUGUGGUCACGCCCCUCCUGCCUGGGUUCGAGGGUGAUAUCAAGACUGGAGGAGGGAGUGCACUCCAGGCUGUCAUGCACUUCAACUACAGAACGAUGGUUAGGGGAGAACAUUCCAUCAUAUCCCAGCUGAAGCGAGAGAUGGGAGAUCAGUGGAUGAAUUACAUCUCGUUUGGGGGUCUACGGACUCAUGCUGAGCUCGAGGGCAAGUUGGUGACCGAGCUAAUCUAUGUUCACAGCAAAAUGCUGAUUGCAGACGAUAAUACAGUCAUUAUUGGUUCAGCCAACAUCAAUGAUCGCAGUAUGCUGGGGAAGAGGGACAGUGAGGUGGCUGUCAUCUUUGAGGACACAGAGACCGAGACGUCCGUGAUGGACGGACAGGAGUACCAGGCUGGCCGCUUUGGACUGCACCUCCGUCUGGAAUGCUUCCGGAUAAUUCUGGGUGCCAAGACAGACCCCAGCAUAGAUGUCACUGACCCCAUCAGCGACCACUUCUACAAGGACGUGUGGCUGACUACCGCCGCGCGCAAUGCAACUAUCUACCAGAAGGUGUUUCGCUGCCUGCCCUCCAGUGACGUGCGGACCAUCCCGGAGCUGGAGGGAUAUCUGGCCAGGACAGGCCUGGACCGGGACGACCCGGCCCGCGCACAGGAGGAGCUGAAGAAGAUCCGUGGCUUCCUUGUGCAGUUCCCCCUCUACUUCCUGAGCGAGCAGAACUUGCUGCCGCCCAUCGGUUCCAAGGAAGCCAUGGUGCCCAUGGAGGUGUGGACCUGAGGGUCCGCAGGCUCCCUUCCCCCGUGCCCGGCCGGCGCUCGUCUAGGGACCUGUGUGUUACUUGGCCUGGUGCACUCGGGGACAAUUGUUGGGCUCGGGUGUUUUCACUAUAGACCCGAAGAACAUAAACCAAACGAGAAUAGGAGGGACUUCUCAAGGAGCAACCAGUCAGUUUCUGGGCACUGAUUGUACUAAGCCAGAGUGAUUCAUAUCAUUGCCGCCAGAAAUUCCUUCCUGGUUCACAUUGUGUCUAACACUAUGCAGCUGGAACAAAGACAGAAAACAUACUACAGUGCUCUUGUGUCUGUUCUACAAGACCCCCUCUGAUUUAGGGGGUUUCUGAUUGUAAACGUUUUUCAAUAUCCUGUGACUUCAGACAUUCUAUAAAAGGCACCAGUAAGCGCUGUUGCUCAAUGGCUGCUGCAAAAUGCUUCCUGUUUCCUUGUCUCCAGUUCUGCAGUCUGGUGGCCUGUAAUGAAUUAAAUGUAUUACACAUCUCUGUGUUGAAGUGCCAGUACUCAGCGUCUGGUGCAUGCAGUCCACUGGUUGUAAUACUGCUUUUAUACUGGCCUUUGUAUUUUGCCAUGUUUUCUUCUAAGGACUGUUCUGCAUUAGAUAUAUUGUAGGCCAGGUUUGUAUGGACUGGCCGAGGCACUUUAUUAUAUAGUGUAGUGUGUGUAUAUAGUAUAUUAUUUACUGCCACCCUGCCGUCAGUUCUACGUGCCUGGAACUUUUGAAAGCCAUCAAAGGGCUUUUCUUUGGGGCCACGUUUCACUGAAGUGCCUCUAGAAAGGUUCGUGGGAACAACAUUAUUCAGUCUUAUACAGUACAUGCCUACAGGUCUGCUUAUCCCAGCACACAAGAAAACCUCCGUGGUAACAGCCUCGCAGAGACACCUCAGCCAGGGCUGAGUCCUCCCACUUCAUGGAGAGCAGAUGCUCUUGCCUUGAACCGUCAUUGAAGCCAUCUUUCGAGCAGUUAAAAUAAAUGGAUGCGAUACAGUGGAUGAACUGUGCGAAUGAACAGUGUUUUAUGUGUGUCAAGGCAGUGGGGUGAAUGAUUUGAAGCCUGUGUACACGUUUUGCAUUGUAAAUUUGGAAACAGUUGUGCUCUGCAAACAGCCUCUGUUAAUAAGUGCAUGCACACUGACCCCUCCCCCCCCACCUGAUUCUUUUUUUCCUUCAGAGUACUUGUUAGAAAUAGUAAGGAGCUUCACUAAGCUGAAUACACAGGAAGUGGACUUCAUGCAAUUCAGUAAAUACAUUUACAUUUAUGGCAUUUAGCUGACAUUUUUAUCCAAAGCAACUUACAAUUAUGACUGAAUAUAAUU